AUUGACGACACUGCAUGUUUUGACUGCACCUCUGGCGCCAUGAAUUCAAGCAAGUCAGAUGAAAAAGAGAAACGGGGCAUUUCCCUUCGCAAGAAACGCACCGUCAAACCCAAGAUCAGCGCACCUAAGCAGAUCUCCGGACCGCUACCGAUCAACGCUUCGACCGACUCUCUGAGCAACAGCAGUGUCAGGACCAAAAAUUCUGUAGAAAGGCCUGGUCUUCCUGGUGCACCUAAGCCACGCCCAAGGCCACAGAAUGGAGAUACUACGGCAGAUUUGAUCCAGCGGCGAUAUUCGACGCGGUUUGCGAACCUCCCGCCCGACUUUGAUGCUUCGGCGCCGCCGGUACCAAGCGUGCCCAAGAUUACCGGUAGUUUUGCUGUUCAGCCGCCUUCAAGAGAUGGGCGGCCGUCCACGGACUCAGGUACAAGAAUUCAAAUAGACAUCAAAGCUUUAUCCAACCCAGGCCUCAAGCCAGAUCAGUACGUUUCAUCACUACUUGCUGACGCCUCCGAAGAAGCAAUCCAGAACUACCAAUACGAUCUACGCGAAGCUAAGAAUAGGACCUCGGCCGACCUAACCCAGAAUGUAUUUCGCAAUCGCUCCCAAUUCAUCAAGAUCAGCAAGGAAGCAGAGAAACUCAAGGGCGAGAUGCGUACUCUGCGGAACCUGAUGGCGGAACUUACAGGCGCAUUGGGACAAGCCACACUUGCUAGCGGUGGUUCCAAUAGCAACGCCAGCGCAGACACUAAGAAGGUACGCCGGAUAGCGAACAGAAGCUCGGUCGCCAACCUCGAGGCUCUAUGGAACACGCAAUUGGCAGCGCUGUGGAAGCGCGUGGAAGGCUCGCAAAAGUAUCUGCCCGCAAUACCCGGCAGACAUAUCGUGUACGAGAACUUUCGGUGGGUAGAACUGAAUUCGGCAACGUGGAAACCUAGGAGACGAGUAUAUAUUAUCCUGCUGAAUGACCACUUUCUUGUUGCAGCAGAAAAGAAGCGUGCUGACGGCCCUGCACCCGGGGGUAAGCAAACGCAAGGCCAGGGGCAACUCGUAGCUGUUCGUUGCUGGCCACUGCAGGACGUACAACUUGCAGACUUGUCCACUCGAGCGCUACCUGGUGGAGCGGGCCAGAAAUCACCCUCUUCCAACGCGAUCAACGUGCGUGUGGGCACAGAAUCAUACACGUUCGCAACUGGCAGCGCUGACGCCGAAGUCAAGAUGCAACUCUUGACCAACUUUCGACGCGCGCAAGAGGACCUGCGGAAAUCUCUAGAAGAGGAGGAGAAUCUCAAUCGUGACAAGAGAUCUGACGUUGCUGGCUAUUGGGCUGGCCGAGACCCAGGUGUUCUCCAGAAUGCGGAGCUUGUAGAAGCAAUUACCGAAACGAGCACGCCGCGCUCAGAUAUUCUCAUUGAUGUGGACGGCAAGCCGCAAUCUCUGCGGUGGGUCGAGUCCCAGAUCGACGAACUAGAUAUCGACAUAGCCCUCCAGCGAUUUGAGGCGGCAGUCUCCCGGGUAGAGAAAUUUAGACGUAUCGCGAAAGGCAUUAAGAACAACAAUGUUGCGCAGAGUCUAAUCACGUUAAAGCUGAAUGAACGAGCGGCAAAAUUAGAGCAUGUCAUCGUAAGGUAUCUCAAGGAUACGCCAAGUUGGAUGACUGCGACCAAAAGGCAUGUGGAUUGGCUGGUGCGUCUCGGAUUCGAAGAUCGCGCACGGGAAGCGUAUCUUGAGGCACGCACAGAGACCAUCAAAAAGCACAUUCGCCAAGUCAUCUUCGAAGGCGACCUCCAGCAUUACAUCUACCAACUGGCUUUCAUCACAUUCACAUCCCUCAAGGACACUGCGCUUAUUUACCAAGCAUGUUUCCCCAUGGCUAUGAUGUCUGCUUGCGUUAAGUGGGUGAAGGAGCACGUCGAUGAUUUCAACGCGAUGCUGGAACGACAAUUGAGCAGCGUGGAGAAGGAAAGCGAGACAUACACGAAAUGUAUGGAGAUAGCGUUGGAGCACUGCGCCGUUCUAGGGGAAGCGGGGCUUGAUUUCAAGAACAUGGUUGGAGUCAAGUCAAAAUGAAGAGUGAGGGAACCAAAUGGGCCCAACGUCUGGGAUGAUAGGCUGAAAAACGCCAAAGUCAGUAUUUUGUUGGUUAGGUUAGCCUUGCUGUUCUAGCGCGGUAUCGCCCUUUUGUUUUGUUGUAGCGUUUAACACGAUACCCAUACGUUAGAUGCGAAUUGCACUGCUGCAUGUUCUGCUGUCAAGCAGCGUCUAAAUGUGGAUCAUCUAUGCGGUUUCGAAAAGGAGAAAAAAAAUUGGAUGCAAACCCGAGCAAUCUAGUACAGGUCUCUCGCAAGCAAUCCAUCAC